AGUGACACCGCGCAGCGGGCACGCCCUGCCGCCCAGGCCCGGAAGGGGCGAGGCCCGCUCAGCGCUCGCUCGCUGCGGCAGGAUGGCUGCUCCGCGGCGCUGGUGGCGGAGGCUCCGCUUAGUGCCUGUGGCGGCCCUGCUGCUGGUGCUGCUCCCGGGCCCGGUCGGCGCCGCCCAGCUCUCCAAGUGGCGGCUGCCGGUGCCUCUGGGGAAGAAGUUUUUUCAUUUUGGAAAGGUUCUCUUCAGCAACACCACAAUUUUCCUGAAGUUUGAAGGAGAUGAGAAGGCUUGUGAUCCCUUGCAAGGUUAUAAUGUUACCUGGUACUUUAGACAUUCUGAUUGCUACGAUGAAGUCUCCAACUUUGGGGAUGAUCAAGCCAUGUCUUAUUUUGGAGCUACUUCUGAAGCACGUACGGGUUGGUCAGGAUCCUACGCUAUGGCUUCGCUCUUCUUCCCCAACUGUUCUGAGCUCUUCAAACCACAGAUUUUCUAUAAAGAGUAUAUUCCCCUAGAACGCCUCUCAGAUGAAAAACAAGAGAGUUUAAAAGAUAAGGCGAAUGCAACAAACCACACAAUGGUGGCAGAGAAAACUGCAAGGAAUGCUGUGAUCCAAACCCAGAAAGAUGGGCCAUAUAUCUUCAUUGUGCAAAUUGGGAUUUCAGCCUUGAACAUGAAAAGGAGGGAGAUAAUGGCACCCUCCUCUGAUCCAAAAGAGAGUCUCUUUACAAUGACUGUGGAACUGAAGGGUCCAUAUGAGUACCUCUCUCUUGCAGACUAUCCUCUCAUGAUUUUUUUCAUGGUGAUGUGUAUCGUGUAUGUGUUCUUUGGAGUUCUGUGGCUUGCGUGGUCAGCCUGUUAUUGGCGGGACCUCCUGAGGAUCCAGUUCUGGAUUGGUGCGGUUAUCUUCCUGGGAAUGCUGGAGAAAGCAGUCUUCUAUGCAGAAUUCCAGAAUAUCCGCUACACGGGAGAAUCUGUCCAAGGUGCACUGAUACUUGCAGAGCUGCUUUCUGCAGUGAAACGUUCACUGGCUCGAACUCUAGUAAUCAUCGUCAGCCUGGGAUACGGGAUAGUCAGGCCUCGUCUUGGAGUCACUCUUCACAAAGUAGUCACGGCUGGAGUGCUCUAUUUAUUAUUUUCUGGCAUGGAAGGUGUCCUUAGAGUCACAGGGUUUUUCUAUGGCGCUAUGGCUCUGAUAGCAAACUUGGGUCUGUCACUGAUUGACGCCUGUAUUAUUUUGUGGAUAUUCAUCAGCCUGACUCAAACGAUGAAGCUGCUAAAACUGCGGAGGAACAUUGUGAAACUCUCUCUUUACCGGCAUUUCACCAACACUCUUAUCUUGGCAGUAGCAGCAUCUAUUGUAUUUAUCAUCUGGACCACCAUGAAGUUCAGGCUGGUUGAUUGUCAGUUGGACUGGCAGGAGCUGUGGGUGGAUGAUGCCAUCUGGCGACUGUUGUUCUCAAUGAUCCUUUUUGUCAUCAUGGUUCUAUGGAGGCCGUCUGCCAACAAUCAAAGGUUUGCUUUCUCACCAUUGUCUGAGGAAGAUGAGGAUGAACAGAAAGAGCCCAUGUUAAAGGAAAGUUUUGAGGGAAUGAAAAUGAGAAGUACAAAACAAGAACCAAAUGGAAAUGUGAAAGCAAACAAAGCUCAGGAAGAUGAUCUGAAGUGGGUAGAAGAGAAUGUUCCUUCUUCAGUGACUGAUGUUGCUCUCCCAGCCCUUCUGGAUUCAGAUGAGCCAAGCUCUGCCUCUAGCCCCAGCUCCUCCCCCAUCCACAGUUCCACCCCCAGCUUUGCCUUCAGCCCAAGCUGGGGAAGCCUUGGCGGUGCUGUAAUGGAGGGAGUGCAGACAGAUUCCAUUAAUGGAAAGAAUGAUUACACACUUUGAAAGAUCCAAAAUGGAGUGAAGAAGCAGCUUCUUGGAAGUUCUAUUUCCCGUAGGCUGCCCAGUGGAUCAGGCGCAUCCUACUUAUCUCUCUCGAUCUUCACCGUUGGAACUGGACACUGUAUUUGAGCGAGGGCAUCUUACGCAGUUCACUGUGGAAGAGGUUCGCGAGGACAUUGAUAAACCUUUGAAAAAUGUUUGAAUUUACAGUGAAUUUACAAGUUUGGAUUUUUAAGUGAUUUAAAUGUGUGUUCCAGCACCUUCUGUAACUUUCUUCAGAUAUUUAAUCUGUCAAACUAAAAGUCCUAACAUCUGACUGAGGGACUAUGAAUUCAAUGUUACAAUUAACUUCCACAGGUCAACUACCUGUUUUUGGUGGAGGGUAGAAGAAGGUGGUGAAGAGUUACUUUAGAAACAACCUUCCCAUUUUACUGAAAAUAAUGGCUAAUAAAUGGAGACUGCGCAGCUGGCUUAGAAGGAGAGGAGGUUUUUGAGUAAGAAGCCCCAGUAAUUGAAGGAAAUCAAUUGAGAUACCAAAAAGGAAAUAUUUGAAAAAGUUACAAUGAUAUUGAUGUUUUUAACAAAACCAAGUGCAAUUUUAUUAACAACACUGUGUAUAGGAAAGAUUUUCUAUUUUAAAUGUCAUUGACCUAGGAGCAACAGUUGCAUAACUUCAGCAUUUGUUGUUGUGGCACAUCUCAUUGCCGGCAAUGUGGUGGAUGCCUAAAAAUGACUUACCCAUACCUUCAAAGUGUUGCGUGGCCUAAUAAAAACUUCCUACAACA